AUGGAUUCCGUUGUGUUAUGGGAGGAAAACUCAAAAAAUGAACGAGUUGAGCGGAAAAUUAUUAGAGACAAUUCUAAUGUGAUGAGUCUUAGUGAAAAAAGUUUUGUGCAAAACUUUCGCUUAAGCAAGGAUUCAUUGAAAUAUGUGUUGGAUAGCACAAGUAGUGAGCUAAAAACUCCACGCAGGUCCACAGGAAUACCCGAAAUUGUGAAAUUAGCGGCAACUUUAAAAUUUUUGGCGCAAGGAGGCUAUCAACAGCAAAUUGGACAAGAUCACCAUACAGGACUAGCUCAACAAACUGUUUCGCGUUGUGUGUUUGAAGUUUGUAAAGCAAUUGAGAAAGUGCUGUGUCCAAAACACAUAACUUUUGCAAUGUCUUCAGAGGAGAAAAAUGAAGCGAAACGAACUUUUUACUCAGUGUCUGGAAUUCCAGGAGUAAUUGGAGUGGUGGAUGGUACUCACAUCCAAAUGAUACGUCCGGCAGUUAAUGAGCAUUUAUAUUUCAAUAGGAAAUUAAAGCAUAGUAUAAACGCUAUGGUGAUAUGUGAUCAUAAGAUGAUGAUAAAAGCCGUUAACGGUCGGUUUGCUGGGGCGUGUCAUGAUUCACAUGUGUGGAAUUUGUCAAGCGAGCGCCAAUAUUUACAAACCAACUAUGUGAAUGGAGAAAUAGGAAUUCGCAUUCUUGGCGACUCUGGAUAUCCGCUUGAGCCAUGGCUUUUAACUCCAUACAGAAAUGCUGCUGAAAACUCUGCUGAAAGUUACUACAACUACAAAUUUUCAAAAGCCAGAUCCCUUAUCGAACGAGUAUUUGGAGUAUUAAAAGCGCGGUUUAGAUGCCUUUUAGCUGCUAGAGAACUACAUUAUGCCCCAGAAAAAAUAGUGCAAAUUUUGAACGUAUGUUGUGCUCUUCAUAAUAUUUGCACUAUUUUUAAUGUGGAAUCACCUGCCAAUAUAGCAAUAGAAGUUGAAAAAGUCGAUGCUAGUUAUACUGAAACCAUAGGAAAUACAAAUGAAACCAAUAUUGCUAAACGUUUAAGGGAUCAAAUAAAAAACAGUAUGAUUACUUUAUAAACAUAUAGCACUAUUUAAUGAAGUAAACUUUUUAAUUUUUCACAUUUCCAUUAAUUAUUAAUUAAUAUAUAUAUCAUUGAUAUAUCUUGCACAUGUGUAUACAUAUCUAUAUA